AUGGGAAAACGAGGAAGAGAUCGUCCUCCAAACGUUUCAAUCUUCAAUCAAGAUCCCGAGUUCUUCGAAAUCUUCCUCCCAAAUCGUAUAUCACACCAACUGCGGAUACCACCGGAUUUUGUCAAGCAUUUUGAUCAAAAGAUACCGGAGAAGAUCGUUCUUAAAGAUGUUUCAGGAAGAGUCUGGCAUGUGGAUGUGAAUCGAGGGAAAACUGGUGUUUUUUUGAAGAAUGGUUGGAAUAGAUUUGUGAAGGAAAAGAGCCUACAGCUUGGCCAAUUUAUGGUGUUCAGAUACAACAGAAGAUCAUCAUCAUUCACUGUUUGA